GAAGGCCUGAUAGCUUUAAUAGGUGUCAGCUACUACCACCACCACCACCACCACCACCAUACACUUUCAUAUUCAAAUAUAGCAUGGCAAACGACUCCUUGACGAGGGGAAAUAUAAUCGGGGAUGUAUUAGACCCGUUUACUAGCUCGGUGCCUUUAACUGUCAUGUAUGAUGGCAGACCUGUGUUUGAUGGGAUGGAGUUUCGGGCGUCGGCGUUGUCGGCGAAACCUAGAGUUGAGAUUGGAGGUGAUGAUUUUCGAGUGGCCUAUACCCUAGUUAUGGUGGAUCCUGAUGCUCCUAAUCCCAGCAACCCGACCCUGCGGGAAUACUUGCAUUGGAUGGUGACUGACAUCCCAGCAUCAACAGAUGAUAGCUUUGGCCGAGAGAUUAUAACAUAUGAGAGCCCAAGCCCCACCAUGGGAAUCCACCGCAUCGUCUUGGUGUUGUACCAACAAUUGGGGCGGGGCACCGUGUUUGCACCGCAAGUGCGUCAAAACUUCAACUUGCGCAAUUUUGCACGCCGUUUCAACCUCGGCAAGCCUGUGGCUGCAAUGUACUUCAAUUGUCAGCGACAAACGGGCACAGGUGGGAGAAGGUUCACCUGAGCAUUCACCCCUCAUGUUCAAGUUCAAGGCAACCUUGAGCCUACUAGUUACAUAUGCGUGCUUACCUACAUAUAGCCGCAUUAUUGUCAUACAUCUGGCACAAAAGCUAGAAAUAAGAUGUAUUUAUUGUGCAUGUAGGCUAUUAAUAAGUGUGCCUCCAUGAGGGUAUAUGAUGUAUGCUUGACAAAAGAGGUUAGUACUGAGUGUACUGAUGUGGCAUUCUUGUCACACCUUGGUAAUAAACAUAUAUAUGGCUCUCUUUUGAUUUUGAACUUAAAAAA